CAAAGAAUUCUCUAUAUCAUGACAACAUUUGGAGUUAUAUGGAUACUUACAAUAAUGCUGAUUUUACGGGGUUUGCAAGAAAAUUUUCAGCUUCAGUCUAUCAGAGAAAAUGAGUUAUUUAAAUUCAGAAAGGAGUGGAAAAUUAAUUUCAAAAGGAGAGAGUUUAAGCAGGAAAAAAUAGAAAUGACAAACAAAUACGAGAAAAAGAUUGUUGCAUUCCACCGUUCAAACACUGAAGAUUCAGAGGUUCAUAGAGGAUCUCUAUCCCAGGAGAUCCAGAGGAUUUCGAAAGCCACCAUUCCACUACAUCAGAGAUACAAUUUAUCAGCUCCAGGUCAGUUUGGCAAAGGUAUGUCGGUAAACAAAGCGUUACUUACAGACAAGGAACGGCAGGUGUAUGAAGAAGGGUACAAAAAGAACGGAUUUAACCAAUUUGUCAGCGACCAGAUACCUUUAGAUAGAUAUGUUGGAGAUGUGAAGAAUAAAGAAUGCAAAAUGAAAAUCUACAGAAAGGACCUACCAACAGCCUCCGUGGUGAUAAUUUUCUAUAACGAGGCUUGGAGCGUCCUCUGGCGGACAGUACACAGUAUAUGGAACAACUCACCACCCCAUCUUCUAAAGAAAGUGAUAUUGGUAGAUGACGCCUCGGUCCAAGAACAUCUGGGUAAGAAGCUUGAACAGGAGGUAGCUAAAUACCCGAACGUUAAUCUUGUCCGUGCUAAGAAUCGUACAGGUUUGAUUCAAGCCAGGAAUCUUGGAUUCAGUCAAGUCCAAACAGAUGUGGCCAUAUUUCUGGAUUCCCACUGUGAGUGUGCUGAAGGAUGGCUAGAACCUCUGUUAGAAAGAAUAGCAGACGACUAUAGAAAUGUGCCUAUUCCCCUGACAGACACAAUAGAUUGUGACACCUUUGAGUACAGGGGCUCCAAAUUGGAGUACAUGUCUCUAGGAGGCUUUGAUUUCGAUCUCAACUACGCAUGGCGACCAGUUCCAGAAAGGGAACAGAAAAGGCGGGGAUCUUUGACUGCUCCAAUCAGAACUCCGACUCAUCUGGGCUGCUGCUUUGCCAUCAGCAGGCGAUUCUUCAAUGAACUCGGAAGAUAUGACCCCGAGCUGAAAAUAUGGGGUGGUGAAAAUAUGGAACUUUCUUUUAAGACAUGGAUGUGUGGAGGUAAAAUGGAGAUAAUCCCCUGUUCCCAGAUAGGUCACUUAUUCCGCUUUGUGAUGCCCUACUCCUGGGGUAAGGACGGAUAUGGAAACAUGAUUAGGAAUGCUUUGAGGGUCGCAGAGGUCUGGAUGGACGACUACAAGAAAAUAUACUAUGACCGCAUCUUUUACAGCCAAAACAAUGUAAACAUAGGGGACAUAUCAGAGAGAAAGGCCAUUAGGGAGAGACUUCAGUGUAAAUCGUUUGACUGGUACAUUAAACACGUGUACCCAGAGGUGUAUGUUCCAUACGGAUGUAAAGCAACUGGUCAGGUGAAGAUUAACAACAUAUGUAUAGAUUCCUAUACCAGUGGAAAUUUCUUUGGGAAACCUGUUUCUGUCAAAGGAUGUGUUCCAGUAGGAAUGUCGCAGCAUUGGACAUUAACGCGUGAGAAUACAAUAAGACGGGACGAGGGUUGUUUGGUGUAUAAUGGAAUAAACAGUGUAUUAGUAGGACCAUGUACAACACUCAGCAAAUAUCUACAGUGGGAAUAUACACAGGAAAAUGUUAUUAAAAGUUAUAUUAAUAAUGCAUGCAUGGAACUAGACGAAAUAAAUGGAAUUGUUGUGGUUCGAAAUUGCUCACAAAGUCCUCUUCAGAAAUGGACCUGGGAAAGGAGAACUAUAAAUUUGACGUAAUUCUCAUGUGCAAUUAAUCAUUACUACUAUAUAUUACA